GGGGGGGAGUGAGAGAGAUAGAGAGGCUGUUAGUCAGUAGAAAAAGAGUGAAUAUCCUUUAUUUUCUGAAUUGAUUAAUUCUAUUGAAGAUGAACCUUAUUAAAAUAUCCAUGUAUUUUUUAAGGCCUUCUGUUAUAUAUGUGCAUCAUACAACAGGUGCCUUUUGUUUUUUCAACAAUUUGUGACCUAAUUUUAAUAAUUCGAUGACUGCUACUUAAAGCUUGAUUAAGUGACUGCAAGAUGAAAUUACUGCUUAUAGUAACACCCUAUGUGUACAGAAGGACUUGAGCAUAGCCUUAAAUAAAAAAUUUCCAAGAAUAUUGUGGGGUUUAUACACCCUUUACAUGACUAUUGAUUAUCCUGGUUCGUAGCAUUUCUAAAAUACAAACCUAAGUUCAAUAUAAGGCAGGUUGGAUUCACCAUAUCAGGCAGCUGGGGCCAUUUUGAACCAGGUCAUUACAAAUGGUAUCAAUUCUAGAUUUAACAAUCAGAUCUGGGGUCUUAACACACAAAAACACAUGUUCCUAAAGGGAGUUCAAAGGUUACAUCUUAAAGUAGUGAUAAAUUUAGCACCAUAUGGAUGGUUUUGAGAAGAGUUAGGUGGCUUAUAUGUUCAUGUGUCCCAUUACUAGUUGUCUGCAUAGCCUUUUUGAUGUACAUAUUUUAUGAGACAGGUUGAAAUAUGUUAAAUCCAUCACUCAGGCUAGUUUUGUAUCAAGUACUAUGGGUGGUCUUAGAGUCAAGUUCAACAUUCUGACCUGGAUCCAACACACAAGGGUGCUUGUUCCUUAGAUGGGUGGAUUGUAGUAGCCCAUCAGUUUUGAGCCAUGGAGUUACAGCUGGUGUAUCAACCAAGUUUAGCACUCAGACUUGUUUUAAAACUUGCAAAGACAUUUUUUUAAGUUGGUGUAUUUAAUACCCAACAUGCAAGGACAUUUUUCUCUUUUCCUUUUAUAAGAUAAAGGUUCUUUUGCUUGAUUGUUGGGUUUGUGCGUCUCCCGCCUUGUGGUAGCAAAUCCACAGUUGACGCCUCUCUGGUUUGCAUUCUCCCUCAGGGUUGAGAUAUGAACGUUGUCUUCUUCGGGUUCACCGUCGGACAGUUCUUGUUGACGGAUCUUGUUGUAUGGGUCCGAGUCUGGACUUGAUCCAGUAUGUCCUGGUUUGGGCAUACUUAUACCAUUGUAAACCCUAAUCUUAAGUGUGAAUGAAAUCUUAAGAGAGAGAGAGUCUGGUUGCUAGUGGGUGCCAGUUCCUCCUCGUUCGUGGUUUUUUUUCCUCUUGCUGAGGGUUUUUCCACGUUACAUCUUGUUCAUCUUAUUCCUUUGUUCUUGAUCUUCGUGUUUCUACAUGGUAUCAGAGCCGUGAAGUUCCUGCGUGACUGAUUCGAGUUUUGUUUCUGUUGUGGCCGUGUGAGAGGAAGACUCGUGCCGGUACUGUUCAUUGCCCAUCACCCGACGGUUCCAAUCACAUGCCGUUACUGUUUGCUGCUCGACGUGGUCAUCGCCCGACGCCGUUGGAGUUCCGGUGACGCCUCGACGCCGUAGGAGUCCCUCGACGCCAUCUGGAGUUCCGGCGACUCUCUGUUUCUGCCCUGCUUGCCGCCGCCGCCACCAGCUGCGUCGCCCGCGAUUCUCUGCGUCGCCCGACGUUACUCUGUUCGGUCCCUGUUUUUUGGCCCGAUUGUUCCCGUGCGUCGUCCAACGACAUUGACUCUUGUGUCACCCCCUGCUGGUCUACCGUAAUCUUCCCCCUUCUUCGUUUGCUCUGCCCAGGCCGCCCGACCCUGCCUUGCCUGCUACCGUGAGGUCUGGUGUUCUUCCGUUGCUGGAUCGCUGCCCUGCUCUUAGUCACCACUGUUCCUGUCUGCCGUUGGUGUUCUGCCGCUGCUCGCUGCUGCUGUUUCUUUUUUGUUCUCUUUGUAGGGUUGGUCUAUAAUUAUGGCAGCGUCUUCCUCGUCCACCGUCAACACUGAUCAAUCUGAAAUUGGGGCUUAUCGAACUGAGAAUGUUCCCGUUCAAGUCACUACUAUUCGCCUUACCAAGGAGAACUAUCUCCCGUGGUCAGCUGCUAUGACUAUGGGGAUUGCAGGCCACGGUCGGAUUGCCUAUAUCAAUAGAAGGAAACCUGAACCGGUAGAGACAAGUGGUGUGUGGGACACUUGGUUUCUUGAGGAUAAUCAAGUAAAAACUUGGAUUGUCAACUCUGUUUCCGCUGAUAUCCAACCCCUUAUUCUUCGGAAGAAGACUGCUAGAGACAUGUGGGUGAUUUUGGAGCAAAUGUAUGGCCAGAAGAAAACAACUAUCUGGACUUACCAACUAAUGAAGACUGUCUAUGGAAUUCGGCAAGGGAACUUAUCUGUUGCAGAUUAUUAUGGGGCUUUGAAAGCCAAGUGGAAGGAUCUUGACUAUUAUUCUGAUAUUAAUUGGCAUUGUCCUCAAGAUCAAACACUUUAUGUUGCUAAAGAGUGGGAAAAUAGGGUGUUCCUCUUUUUAGCAGGUUUAAAUGAUGAGUUUGAAAGCGUUAGAAGCCAGAUUCUGAAUUCAGGAGAAGUGUCAAGUAUUGAAGAUGUGUAUUCUCGUGUUGAAGCUGAAGAACAGAGGAGGCUGGUUACAUCUGGGGAAAGAGAGAUCUCAUGUCAUAUAAUGAGAGAUCUCCUCUUGUUAGUCGGGGUCCUGGAGGCACUACUAGAUCUCUUCGUAGAUGUAGCAAGAAGAAUGGUCAUAUUGUGGAUUUCUGUUGGGAUCUUCAUCCAGAGAAAAAGGCUAACAAAGGAAAGUCUUCUAAUGGGAAGCCGACUGUGCCUGAGGAGACAAAAUCUAGUGGAAGAAAGAUCUCUAUUUUUGCUGAACAACUUCGGGAACUGAGGGCUUAUUUGGGUCGGGUCGAUGUCAAUCAGAUCGAGGCAUCAGAUGAGACAAAGGCUAAUCAUGCUCUUGCCAUUGUAGGGGAUAAAGGACUUGGCGAUAGGGAAGAGGAUUGGGAUUGGUUUGGCGUCUGAUGGCUUAUAUCGUCUUCCCAUACGCGUGGCCACGGCUCUUAUGACAUCGAUCAACAAGAUUGAAAAGCGAGAGAAGAUUGCCUUCAGUCCUUCUUGUAUUGGCAUGAAGGCCUUGGGCAUUUACCUUUUGGGAUUUUGAAACAGUUGUUUCCUGAUUUGUGUUCCACUCUGAAUUUGUCAUUGAUUUCUUAUGAUGUAUGUCAGUUUGCCAAACAUGUGAGGGCUUCGUACCCUAUCUCUACUAGCUGUGUUAAUGAAGUUUUUUCCUUGGUUCACUCUGAUGUGUGGGGGCCUUCGAGAAUUCAUACGCGUCAAGGUUUUCAAUAUUUUAUAACUUUUAUUGAUGACUUCUCUCAGACCACCUUUGUGUACUUGUUAAAGGAUCGCAGUGAGGUGCCUCAUAUCAUAGAGACCUUUAUUCUACUUGUGCAAACUCAAUAUGGUGGAACUGUUAAAACCUUUCGAUCGGAUAAUGCUCAUGAGUAUAUGUGUCAGUCAGUUGAGGAGUUCCUUCGAAAAACGGGGAUUGUUCACGAGAUGUCCUGUAGUUAUACUCCCCCACAAAACGGGGUGGCUGAGAGGAAGAAUCGCCAGCUCCUUAAUGUCACCAGAGCCCUUUUGUUUCAGAGGAAUCUUCCCAAGCACUAUUGGGGUGAUGCAAUUCUUACUAGUGCGUAUCUCAUCAACCGCUUGCCCAGUCGUGUGCUGAAUGAUCGGACUCCCCAUUCUCUACUUCCGGGAAGUCGUCAACCUUUUCUCCUCCCCCCUCGUGUUUUUGGCUGUGUGUGCUUUAUUCAUAAUCACAGUCCCAAUGUUAAGAAACUUGAUCCCCGGUCUAUCAAGGGUGUGUUUGUUGGGUAUUCUCCUACUCAGAAAGAUAUAAGUGUCUUGAUCCUACCACUGGCCGUGUUUAUGUUACAAGGGAUGUUACCUUCUUGGAACAUGCCUCUUACUUUUGUGAGAAUCCUCUUCAGGGAGAGAAGUCUGUGGUUAGAGAAGAGUAUUCUCAGAGUCAGGAGAUUCAAUUUACAGAUUUUUUGGACUACAAGAAAGAAGAGCCUCUCACAGCUGUUGAUGUGCCUGAGAAGGAGGAAGGUGUGGCACCGGAACUGAGAAGGAAGGUCAUCGUUUGUUUGGACAUGUCUACUCUAGACGAGGUGCUUGGAUAGAGGAGGUGACUUGUGGUGCGAGAUCUACUUCCAAUCCCAAUAUCAUUUCUUCCCUGGAUGAACCAAGUCCUACCUUGAAGACUCAAGAUGGGGUUGAAAAAGAAAAUGAAGAUCUUCCCAUUGCCCUGAGAAAGGGUGUCAGGUCAUGUACUCAACACCCGAUUGGUAAUUUUGUAUCUUAUUCAAGACUUAUCAAGGAUUACAAGUGUUUUGUAUCUUCUCUUUCUUUGACUGUGAUUCCCAGGACCGUUGCUGAAGCUCAAAGUGAUUUUAAGUGGGCUGAUGCUAUGAAAGAAGAAAUGGAAGCCUUGAGAAGAAACAUGACAUGGGAAGUUGUGAAGAUUCCUGAGGUAGCUCACUUGGUUGGAUCCAAGUGGGUGUAUACCAUUAAGUACAAACCCGAUGGAAGUGUUGAAAGAUACAAAGCUCGUCUUGUGGCCAAGAAGGGGUUUAGUCAAAAAUAUGAGAUUGAUUAUUUGGAUACUUUUGCUCCAGUUGCAGAAAUGAAGACAAGUAGAGUUGUUAUGUCCCUAGCUGUGAUGAAAGAGUAGAGGAUGUACCAACUUGAUGUUAAGAAUACUUUUCUCAAUGGUGAUCUCGAAGAAGAAGUAUAUAUGCGUAUGCCCCCAGGAUAUGAAGAACCAGAGAAAUGCUGUAAGCUGAAAAAGGCCUUAUAUGGCCUCAAGCAGUCGCCUAGAGCAUGGUUCGAACGUCUCAGACGAGUGAUGCAACAUCAUGGGUACAAUCAAGGGAAUGGAGACUACACUCUAUUUGUGAAGAAAAAAGAGGGCAAGGUCACUCUUUUACUUGUCUAUGUGGAUGACAUGAUUGUCACGGGAGAUGAUGAGGAGGAGAUCUUCAAGUUAAAAGUGUUACUGGCUGUUGAAUUUGAUCUCAAGGAUCUUGGCAAACUGAAGUAUUUUCUUAGUAUUGAGAUUGCUAGAUCUAGUACUGGCCUUGUGCUAAACCAAAGGAAAUAUACAUUAGAUCUGUUGGAGGAGACUGGUAAACUGGGGUGUAGACCCGCUUCUACCCCACUUGAUACUGGACACAAGUUAAGCCUUAGAGAUGGAGAGCUGCUCUGUGAAAAAGCUAAGGGAAGAUAUCAACGUCUGGUUGGAAAGUUGAUUUAUCUUACCCUUACGAGACCAGAUAUCACUUUUGCGAUAAAUGUACUGAGUCAAUUCAUGCAUGCACCUACUGAUACACACCUGAAGGCUAUGGACAAAAUAUUGUGCUAGUUGAAGAGAAAUCUUGGCAAGGGACUCUUGUAUGUGAAACAAGAGACUGUAUUGAUUGAGGGGUACUCCGAUGCAGACUGGGCAGGUUGUGCUGAUACUCGACGGUCUACCACAGGGUAUUGUGUCUACUUGGGAGGAAAUCUUGUUGUCUGGAGGAGCAACAAACAGGAUGUGUAUUCUCGAUCUAGUGCAGAGGUAGAGUAUAGAGCUAUCGCUAUGGGAGUGUCAGAGUUACUAUGGCUGAAAAUAUUGCUGACUGAUAUCAGAAUAGAGGUUGAAGGACCAAUGAAAAUGUACUGUGACAACAAGUCUGCAAUCAACUUAGCCAACAACCCUGUACUACACGACAUAACAAAGCAUGUUGAGAUUGAUCGUCACUUCAUUCGUGAAAGGAUUGAUGCUAAAGAGUUAAUCUUACCUUACAUGAAGUCUGAAGACCAAACCGCUAAUGUUUUGAUGAAAGCUCUAUCUUCAACUUCAUUCGAGAGAAAUGUAUCCAAGUUGGGCAUGUUUGAUAUGUAUGCCCAACUUGAGGGGGAGUGUUGACGGAUCUUGUUGUAUGGGUCCGAGUCUGGACUCAAUCCAGUAUGUCCUGGUUUGGGCAUACUUAUACCAUUGUAAACCCUAAUCUUAAGUGAAUGAAAUCUUAAGAGAGAGAUAGUCUGGUUGCUAGUGGGCGCCAGUUCCUCCUCGUCCGUGGUUUUUUUUCCUCUUGCUGAGGGUUUUUCCACGUUACAUCUUGUUCAUCUUAUUCCUUUGUUCUUGAUCUUCGUGUUUCUACAGUUCUGAAUCAGUCCUUGAUUGUGCAUGAACUCCCCUUCCUGAAAGAGCAUCAUUGGUCAGUUUCCUACCGAGAAACUCUUCAAGCAUCAGCCACAUCUGCUUGUAGUCUGCUAUUGUCGUCUCCACAUCUCGUUCGCACCUUUUGUUGUUUGGUUAAUCCUUGCUGAUGAAAAUCUCCAUCUUCUCCAAUCGAGCAUCUACAAUGUUUGCCGACUGCACACUCAGGACCUAUUCUGAUACCAUUUGUUAGCCAUCGACUAAGAAACUGAUUGCAAAAGCAAUGCACACACGGAUAAAAACCUCAAAACUCACCCACGCAGAGGAAAUGACCUUCGAUUACCAGAUGCCUUCCCUACUAAGACCUUCAACCUAUUUAUAGCCUUAUUUGAGUUCGACCCGAAUGGGAUCCAAUCCAAAUCACAUAACCGGUUACUAACAGUUUGUUACUGUACUGAAAUUCACAUUAACUGCCUCUUGCAAUUUCUUUUAGGAAAUUCAACAUGUGCGCAUCCUGCAAAGGAGAUGGCCAUUGUUUUAUAGGAUAGAAGGUAGGAUGUGCAAAAACUGAAAAAUCAGAAUGGUUACGAAAAGAGUGAAAUCAAAAUGAAAUGUGAAACUUUUCUUUGCAUUAGUUUCUUAUUUAUUUGUGUUGCUUUUCAUGAUAAGAGGAAUAUGAAAUUUUCUGUCCUCCCAAAACGGAAAAGCUUUUCCUACUGUACCCAGCCAUGCCUGUUUCCAGAGAACAGGUUGACUGGAUAUAGAGUAUGUAUGUUUGGCAAUCUUUCAGGAAUUUUCAUUUGAUAGUUUAUGAGAAUUAUGCACUUCUUUCAGCUUAGUUUAUGUGCUUUAUCCUCUGCAAAUACAACCAUGUACAAGAUGAUAAACUGAAUGUUUGGGGGCUUAUUAUGCUUUUU